AGUAAGCGCAGGCCAGGAAGACCGCACUACACGCAAAACAAAACUGAUAAGACAAGAAAUGAAAAUAAAAUGAAAUGGGGUUUACCGACCUACUGUUCUGCUUCGAUAGGCUAACGAAGACGAGCAUACACCAAACAGUGUGCUAUGUGGGCAAUUUUGCCCGCUCUAACUGACUACAUAGGAUCUUUUACCUGUUCUGUACGCCAUUGUCAAUGUGUAGGCAACAUGGGCCCUCGGUUUUUCGCCAAACUAGACCGCUGUCCUGCACUACUGACAAGGGAAACCACAUCGAAAAGUCCUGAUGAACUUUCUUGUCCAACACCGGGAUUUAACCCGCAAACUCCAGGCUAGCGAGCCAGAGUCUUACUUACUUAGCCAUUGUGGCUCCAACCUGCGAACAAGACAAACUAGGCUACAUUGCAAGAAAUAAACAGCAAAUAUCAAAUCAACUUCAAGUGAAUGGUAGAGGAAAAUACCAGAAUGUAAUAAUAGUUUAUUCUCAACUACAUGUACAAGCAUGAGGAAGACUGGAUAAGGAGAGCUCUAUGUGAAGAAGCCAAGUUAUAUGGUGAUGUGGCCCUUCCACCAGGUUCUCGACCAAGACGUGUCACAGUUUUCUUAAAUCCGGCAGCUCAACGAGGAAAUGGAAGAAAGCUGUUCGAAAAGAAUGCUGCUCCAAUUUUAUAUUUGGCUGGAAUGGAAGUUAAUGUUGUUAAGACUGAAUAUGAUGGUCAAGUAAAACAGUUUAUGGGUGUUCUGGAGAGUAAAGAUACAGAUGGUAUUAUAGUAGCUGGUGGAGACGGAACAUUUUUAGAGACAGUGACUGGUUGUAUGAGAAAAGAAGAUAAGAAUUACAGAAAUUCUGUACCAAUCGGAAUAAUUCCAGUUGGUGAGACAAACAGAUUUGCCCAAAUUGUAUUUGGUCAAGAUUUAAAUGAAGUCAGGUUUAUUGGAGACGCAGCAAUGUCAGUUGUUAAAGGAGUUACCAAAAAAUAUGAUGUAUUAAAAAUAGAGGGAAGUGAAGGUAAAAUAACAUAUGCUGUAAGUGGUUUAGAGACUGGAGCUUAUAGAGAUGCAGAGAGUAGAAAAUCAAAAUAUUGGUACUUUGGUCCAUUGAAAUCUAGAUGGACAUAUCUAAGAACAGCUAUGAAAAGUUGGCCACCUAGUUUUAAAGCUGACAUUAGCUAUGUGUUAUCAACAGAAGAAAAUACUAAACAGUCAAAGAAAGUAGAACAAACACCAAGUUCUUCAUAUGGGUGGUUAGGAUUUUUAAUAGGCAGAACAAAUAGAAAUAAUGUUCCCCUGGUAAAAGAAUAUGACUUUGAUGAUAGUAAAGAUGAUGAAGAAAUGAUAUCUGAACCAAUAUCUACAGUAGAAUUUACUGUUAAUUCAACUAAUUUAGAUACUGAUCCUAAGUCUGUAGAAGGAAUGACCGUUGGAAUUGGACCAUCUGAACCAACAAAAUCACAGUUGAUUAAAGAAGGAUGGAGAAGAAUAAAUGAUAAGAGUUUAAAAUUUGGAACAGAAGAAAAUCGUCAGUUAGUUGUAAAGAAGAUUAAAUUCACACCAGAGGUGAAUGAGGAUACAGAUAUGAUGAUAAAUAUUGAUGGUGAAUCAUUUGAAGCAUUGCCAAUUGAAAUAUCACUGUUAAAAGAUAGGAUUAAUGUUUUUUAUAAAGCUGAGGCUGCAAGCUGAUAUAGUAAUAAUGAACUGUGUGUAUAUUAUAUUAUAUACUUGGAAUGCAAGAAUGAAUGAUUGGUGUGUGUUGUAGACAAAUAAAAUGAUGAAAUCUUUACAGAA